GAUCUCUAACAUUCCCGGAGCCCUUGCCCGAGCCAUGGGCCUGAGAGCGGUGGGGAUUGCUCGUUUCUCUUCACGGGCCUCGUGCGUUUGUUCGGCAGAUUCGCUCGCUACAAGGACCUGUCCGGCCCUCCUCUCCUCCUUCCAACCACGGCAGCGAAGGCGAGCACAGGAGUCGGGGAAGGACGCAGCGAAGAUGAUCUACCGCAACUGGUCGCUGCUCUCGUCGACGGUGGUCAUCUGGGGCAGCGUCGCCACCGCGGGACUCGCCGGGAUCUUCCUCCUCGGCGGCAAGGAGAAAUUCAAUGAUUAUCUUUGCUGUGAAGGCGAGAGGCUUAGGCAGCAGGACAGAGCCGCAAGGAUCAGAAACUAGAGAGGAAGCCUAGCUCAAUAUCAACAAAGCAAACAUUUGAAUUUUACAAGUCUGCCUCUCUGAUCGAACAAGUUUCCUUCUAGAAAGAAUGGAAUCCCUCAGAAUGCCUUUUCACUUUCCAGAGCCAAGCGUGCUCCAUAAUAAUAAAUUGACACUGGUUUCUGUUUGUUCUGCUAUCUGCACCCUGUAUAAAUCAUUGAGAACAGCGCUUUAAGCCUUUUGGCCUGUGGUUUGUCAAAGCUUCUCUGCUUGUUUUUCAACAACUUGUGGGACUGGAUGAUAUGCAACUUGUUUUGAUAUUCUGGAUAAAAGGUUGAUGCGUCUGACUGGGACAUCGUAAA